UUACAAAGUAUAAAGACAGAAAGCAUGCUAAACUUUCAUUUGUUGAUCGUAUGUCUUUCUGUCCAGAAGAAUUUGUAGACUACAAUAACUAUAUAGAUGAGAAAGCUAGCUAAACUUUUACUACUUAAAGUGGAUACAAUUUUGCAUUUAUGUUGUUCCAUUUGUUCCCUACUUGACCUUGAUAGAAUAGACAAACUUUCCCCUUGUGGUCACCAUUGUUUUGUCACUAUAAGCUAUCAAUAACAUCAGUUUGUCCUUAGGAGUAUAUUAAGUCUUUUUUUAUUCAUCAUUGCUUGCUUAGUUUAAAUCCUUGGCAAAAUAAUGGAACCACCCUCAUCAGUGCCUCUAGCCAGUGAGAGUUUUUCAUACAGUUGGUUAUCAAAUUGUAAUAAAUCCCCCCCCACUUAUAGUUCCUAUGGAGGCACCUCAGAAGAAGAAUUCAACUUCAGUGUGAAAAAAAGUUGUGAGGAAUUUAACUUCAAUUUUGAUAUUUCUGUCCCUCACUCACCUCUUGUUCUUGUUCCUGCUGAUGAAAUUUUCUCUGAUGGUCUUCUAAGGCCUAUGUUUGUUGACCCUUCCAAAGUAGAGUUUUGCAACACACCAGAUCCCACUCAAACCAAGCUUAGUUCUUCUUUUUCUUCUAGGACUUUUUCUCAAAGAGCUAUGGAAAUUCAUCAUGGAUUGCUUACAAAGUGGAGAAAGUCAACAAGGAGAACUUUUGUGGACUUCUUUAGGUAUGUCAACCAAUUAAGGCAGAGAGUAGGGAGGUCAAGGAAGAGCAUUAGAGUUGAUGAUAUUGAUAAGACAGAUUGGCAAGUUAAAUGCUUGACCAGUCCACAAAAAGGUUCAUCACCAAAACCAACAAUUGCAGCAACUGGUAUUGGUGAUUUGCAUGAUCAUGAGAACUCAAUUUAUGAAGCAGUUCUUCAUUGCAAGAGAUCAAUAGGAAAAUGAUUCUUCCUCAGGUAAAGAGAAGUGAAUUGUAGAAGAAGGAAGUGGAGAGCUCCUAGAAACUAUGGUCAUUGGUGGCUGAUUCAGCAUUCCAAUUUUUUCUUAGUCAAGUUUCUCUCUUCUUCUCUCUUGAAUGUAACUUAUUUCUCUGCUGAAACAAGCAGGGCAUUUUGGUAGAUACAAGUUAUGGGAUUUAGACUAUCAAAUUUAAGGAAAUGUUAGAUCCUAUUUCUUCUUGAUUUUGUACGGAAAUAAUUAGUAUCACAAAUUAUGUAUCUCAUUUAUAUUUUAUUAGACUAAAUUUCAUCUCCUUCCCUCUU